CGGAUGCCAAGUCGGCCCAGUUGAAUUCCUCUAAAAGGUGGCCCAGUACUUUGAGGCCGAGAAAUGGCUGUUGAAGGUAAACUGCAAUUGCAACGCUAUGCAUGGAACUCUAGCAUUGUGGUGGCUAUGGCUGUGGCUCUGUGGUUGCUCUGUUUCUCCAGUUCAAGAACAAGAGCAAAACAAAACAUGGCCAUGGUUUCCUCACCAAGCAAGCAACCCUUUUGAAUUUUCGACAGAAUGUUUAUCUUUCAGGUAUCCUGCUCUUUUCCUACUUCUCAGUCCCCAGAAGCCAACACGCAGACUGCAGAACCCUCUUCUCCAAAGGACGAAUAAGCUUUACUAUCUUGAUGAUCCUUUGGAAUAGAGUGUGGUUUCUGCA